UGCGCAAAAACCCGCGAGCUGGCGGCGCCCAGGGGCGGGAGAAACCUGCUGGCCCAGAGGUUGGGGAACGGUUUCCACCCGGAUGGCAAAGCAGAGGACCGGAAGGGAGGGGACGGAAGUGCAACGUUUAGCCGCAAUCCUCUGAUCAGCCCGCGAAGUUCCAAUCAGCCGGCUUCGGAGGACGCUGGAUGGGCGUCUUCACAGAUGAUUACCUCGGGACCCGGAUUCUGAAAGGCGCUCCCACUGAGACCAGGAAUUCCUGCCGAGAGAAAACCAGUGCUGCAUGUUGCCAGCACUUACCUGGAGUGGCUGAAACCCUGAGAUGUUCAGAGGGGUUUGUCUGACAGACCCAAAGAGCCUGCAUCUUGGCCCACCACUGUGUCCUCUUGAAUAUAGGCUGAUAUGCCCAAGGUAGUCCUGAAUGGUGUGACAGUGGAUUUCCCUUUCCAGCCCUACCCAUGUCAACAGGAGUACAUGACCAAGGUGCUGGAAUGUCUCCAGAAGAGAGUGAAUGGCAUCCUAGAGAGCCCCACAGGCACUGGGAAGACGCUCUGCCUCCUCUGCACUACGCUGGCAUGGCGGGAACAUCUCCGAGAUGCUGUUUCUUCCCAAAAGAUUGCUGAGAGAGUUCAAGGUGAACUCUUUGCCAGUCGGUCUUUGUCAUCUUGGAAUGCUGCUGCUGCAGAUGGAGACUCGAUAGCUUGCUACACAGACAUCCCAAAGAUCAUCUAUGCUUCUAGAACUCACUCACAGCUAACUCAGGUCAUCGGUGAGCUCCGGAAUACUUCCUACCGGCCCAGGGUGUGUGUGCUGGGCUCCCGGGAACAGCUGUGUAUUCACCCUGAAGUGAAGAAGCAGGAGAGUAACCACAUGCAGAUCCACUUAUGCCGCAAGAAGGUAUCGAGUCGCUCCUGUCAUUUCUACAACAAUGUAGAAGAGAAAAGCCUGGAGCAGGAGUUGGCUACCCCCAUCCUGGACAUUGAGGACCUCGUCAAGAAUGGAAGCAAACACAAAGUGUGCCCCUACUACCUUUCUCGAAACAUGAAGCAGCAAGCUGACAUCAUCUUUAUGCCAUACAAUUACUUGUUGGAUGCUAAGAGUCGUAAAGCACACAACAUUGACCUGAAGGGGACAGUCGUGAUCUUUGAUGAAGCUCAUAAUGUGGAGAAGAUAUGUGAGGAGUCGGCUUCCUUUGACUUGACCCCCCGUGAUGUGGCUUCAGGGCUGGAGGCUAUUGACCAGGUUUUGGAGGAGCAAGCCCGGGUGGCUCAGAGGGAUGAACUCCAACUGGAGUUCAGUGCAGACACCCCCAGCUCAGGGCUCAGCAUGGAGCUAGAGGACAUCGCAAAGCUGAAGAUGAUCCUGCUUCGCCUGGAGGGGGCUAUUGAUGCUGUCCAGCUGCCUGGGGAUGACAGAGGAGUCACCAAACCUGGAAGCUACAUCUUCGAGCUGUUUGCUGAAGCCCAAAUAACAUUUCAAACCAAAGGCUGCAUUUUGGAAUCACUGGACCAGAUAAUCCAGCACCUGGCAGGACGUACUGGUGUGUUCACCAACACGGUCGGGUUGCAGAAGCUCAUGGACAUUAUCCAGAUCGUGUUCAGUGUAGAUCCUCCUGAAGGCAGCCAUGGAUCUCUCGUGGGGCUGGGUAUCUCAGAUUCCUAUAAGGUACACAUACACCCUGAAACCAGCCACCGGAGGGCAGCUCAGAGGUCAGAUGCCUGGAACGCCUCUACAUCUAGGAAACAAGGGAAGGUGCUGAGCUACUGGUGCUUCAGUCCCAGCCACAGCAUGCGUGAACUGGUCUGUCAAGGAGUCCGCACUCUUAUCCUCACCAGUGGCACACUGGCUCCGCUAUCUUCCUUCGCUCUGGAGAUGCAGAUCCCAUUUCCAGUCUGUCUGGAGAACCCACACAUCAUUGACAGGAACCAGCUCUGGGUGGGGGUUAUCCCCAGAGGCCCUGAUGGUGUCCAGCUGAGCUCUGCCUAUGACAAAAGGUUUUCUGAGGAGUGCUUAUCUUCCUUGGGGAAGGCCCUGGGCAAUAUCGCUCGCGUGGUACCUCAUGGGCUUCUGGUCUUCUUCCCUUCCUACCCUGUCAUGGAGAAAAGCCUGGAGUUCUGGCGGGCGCAAGACUUGGCCAAGAGAGUGGAGACGCUGAAACCUCUGUUUGUGGAACCCAGGAACAAAGGCAGCUUCUCAGAGGUCAUUGAUGCCUAUUACCAGCGAGUUGCUUCACCUGGGUCUAAUGGGGCCACCUUCUUAGCUGUGUGCCGGGGAAAGGCCAGUGAAGGGCUGGACUUCUCAGACAUGAACGGUCGAGGUGUGAUUGUCACCGGCCUCCCAUAUCCCCCACGAAUGGAUCCCCGUGUUGUCCUCAAGAUGCAGUUCUUGGAUGAGUUGAGAGGCCGGAGUGGGGCUAGAGGUCAGUAUCUCUCAGGGCAGGAGUGGUACCAGCAGCAGGCAUCCAGGGCUGUGAACCAGGCUAUUGGGAGGGUUAUCCGACACCGCCAUGACUAUGGGGCCAUCUUCCUAUGUGACCACAGGUUCGCCUAUGCUGAUACCAGGGCCCAGCUGCCCUCCUGGGUGCGCCCCUACCUCAAGGUGUAUGACAACUUUGGCCACGUCAUCCGAGAUGUAUCCCAGUUCUUCCGUGUUGCUCAGAAAACUAUGCCUUUGCCAGUUCCCCAGGCUGUGACCUCAGGUGUAAGUGAGAGAGAAGCUGCUUUCAAGGAAGCUACAUUGUCCAACCCUCUCCUCUCCACCCAGAAAGCCAUGAGCUUGGAUGUACAUGUGCCCAGCCUGAGGAAGAGGCCCACAGGAGUAUCAGCUUCUGGAGACUCUGAGAGCAGCCUGUGUGUGGAGUAUGAGCAGCAGCCAGUUUCUGCCCAGCCGAGGCCUGUGGGGCUGCUAGCCGCCUUAGAGUACAACGAGCAGAAGGCCGGGGCAUCUGAGGAGCAGGCACUCGGCUCCUCCCCCCUAUCUCUCCGGUAUGAGAAGAGGCCAUCUGUUGAACAGAGAGGAGGAAGGAGGAAGGUCAGGCUGGUCAGCCAUCCGGAGGAACCAGUGGCUGGCACACAAGAAAACAAAGCCAAGCUGUUCAUGGUAGCAGUGAAGCAAGCAUUGAGCCAAGCCAACUUCGACACCUUUACGCAGGCCCUGCAGCAGUAUAAGGGCUCUGAUGACUUUGAAGCCCUAGUGGCUUCUCUCACCUGCCUCUUUGCUGAAGACCCCAAGAAGCACACUCUAUUUAAAGGCUUCUACCAGUUUGUACGACCCCACCACAAGCAGCAGUUUGAAGACAUCUGCUUCCAGCUAACAGGCCAAGGCUGUGGCCACCAAGCAGGAGGCCUCCCUUUCCAAGAACAAGCACAGUCAGCUGCGGACUCCACCUGUAGACAGCUGGAUACUGGAGAGCACCUGAACCGAGGGAGGCCUCACCUGUCUGCCCAUCAGCCACCUAAAGGAGACCCCAGCAGUUGUCCAAAAGUGGGAUGUACAGCAGAAAAACCUGGCCAGGCUGCUGUGAGUGCCUACCUGUCUGAUGUCCGCAAGGCUCUGGGAUCUACAGGCUGCAGCCAGCUUAUGACAGCUCUGAGGGCAUACAAACAGGACGAUGACCUGGACAAGGCACUGGCUGUGGUGGCAGCACUGACCACUGCAAAACCUGAACACUUAUCCCUGUUACAGAGGUUUGGCAUGUUUGUGCGUCACCACCACAAGCCUCACUUCCUGCAGACAUGUGCAGACCUGAUGGGCCUGCCUACCACAAGCGGGGGCUUGGAGCUGCCAGGUCCCAGGGAGAAGAGCACAACUGUGCCUUCUGAGCUUGCCCAUGAGGACAUAAAACCAGGUCCCUCUGUGUCCAAGAAGCCUGAGAAGACCCAGAGUAAGAUCUCAUCCUUCUUUAGACAGAGGCCAGAGCAGAGUGUAAUGUCUGAUGAUACCACCCCAGAGCCCACGAAGCCUGAAUGGACUGCAUUUGUGUGCCCGGCCUGUGCAACUGAAGACACGGUGCUUUUCCAGUGCUGCUCCUGUGAUUUCUACCGCUGCCGGGCCUGCUGGCAACUGCAACUCCAGGCACAUAACAGCAAGAAUGCUCAGUGGGGCCUGUGUCUUACAGGCACCUCACUCAGCCAGCUGUUCAAGUUCAGAGCAGUGCCAUCCUCACCAUAUCUGCUCUGCCCUGAGUUUGCCUUUCAACUUUACCCAGUUCCUCCCCUUGGAACCAGAACCUGGUAAGCCAGAAGUUUUGGGGCACUUUGUUUGGAAAUUUGUGGCUUUGUGGACAGGGUCAGAGCCCUGAGAAGGCAACUCCUGUAUAUCAGCCCAAGGUGAUGGUGCUUUUUUGAUAAUGAAAAACAGGUCAACCAGACUUGAAGUUUUUGAGAGAAUCCUUACAGGAAAUGGCAGAUCUUAGUUCCACCUAUAUUAUCUCCCCACCUUUUCCAACAUAGGGCUCAGGGGAUUUUUUUUUACUUGGUAGUCUAGCCUGAAACUCCUAUUUGAAUAGUUGCUCUGCCCCUUGUUCUCAUGGGUAUUCUGUUCCUACUUUUUCUAUUACCUACUUUCAUGCCUUGUUUAGGAAUUUCUCUUUAGUUCUCGGAAUAUGAAUGCAGCUUCAUGGACUUUUUGACUUUCUAGGACAUUUCCUUUAAAGAGUUGUGGUGGCUGCAGCUGGCCCUGGUAAACCAAGAAAACAGCUAACCACCACCACAGGAGGCCCUUGUGACCUUACAGCUGCAGCUUCAACAGUUCUCCAACUUCAGUGAAUUUCAGGAUUAGGCACUAUUGCUACAACUGCUCCAGUUGUUGCACGAGGCUAGGCUGCUCUAUCUGUAGAGGUGCUAAUGCACAAUUUCCUUAUAACUGUGUUCUCUUCACUGUACACAGGACUUUAUCCUACACUCACAACCAAUGACACCCUAACCUUAUACUUCUUCAGGUUUACUUUUUAUAAAGCUAUUCAUUUCAGAAGAUACAACUGUUCUCAAAUUAUGGCUGUCCACAAGCCAACAAGCUUCAGAAUGACCACCUUCUAUCUGCUCCCUGUUUACCAUAGGUGUCCCAAAGGUCACCCCAUGAAGCCUCUAGCUUUACUUUGUUGAAUUGAAGAAAGCUAGCAAGAAAGAC